CUACCGCUGACGAGUGCUGUCCUGCAGCAAUACAAACAUAAUGAUCACCAACAUUUUCUGCGUGUCUUCACUUCUACUUUUAAACUUGGUCGGGGCCAAACCAAUUUCCAGUUUACAGAAUCUUAAGCAGUUGUUAGAUGAAGAACUGAUGACAGCGUUUGUGGAAUCAGAAGAGUCGGCGGUGGGGCAAAAAGAUGCAAAAGCCGGGAAGAACGAGUUGGGCGAACCAGCGGAGCAUCUCUGGGAGUCAGACGCUCGAAACUCAGCGCUGGCGGGAAAAGAUAGCGCGUUUGAGCGUCUCCUAGGAGACAUACUAUCUACACCCAAGCGCUCGUGGAGUCGGUUCAAGAAAGGCGGGCUGCGAAGCUGCUUUGGGGUCAGACUCGAGAGAAUCGGGUCUUUUAGCGGGCUCGGGUGUUAAGCAGCAGGUAUUCUCGGAGAUGAACACAGGAAAAAAGUGUAAACGCAUUUCUGAAAUAAAUUACGUCAAAUCUUAUUACUUAAUGUCAUACCACUUUUUGCAGGUUGGGAUGUUACUGGAAUAGGGUACUAUGAUUUCCUUGAAAUAUUUGGUCAAGCACCUAUUUGUCCUAAAAAAGAAGUGUUAACUGUAAGUUUACCGCAGAUUUGUGUUCUUGUUAUAUCUGUUGUUGUCAUUAUUUAUUCGAGAUUUAGAACUGUAUAUAGUUUAUUGACAAUACCAUGACUGCUGCUUUGUACUGGUGCACUGUAUUUAUUUAUGUCGUCUCUUAAUCAACUUGUGUUAUAGAGAAUGUGUAUUGCUGCAAAAUAUAUAUAUAUAUAUAUAUAUAUUUUUGCAUAAUUUGUGUAUCAACUUGGUCAAAAAUUAAA